AGACAUCAUACAUGCCUUCAUAUAGUUUGUCUCAAAGUUAUCACUUAAGCUAGUGUAUGAGUAAUGUGCACAUGCCCUUAAUAUUACUAUAAUAAAAAAAUAACUCCAAGUACGUCAUUGUCUUCAAUCUAAAUGACGUGUGUGUGUGAGAGGGAGGGAGUGGGAGGGCGAGGGUUGGGGUUGAACAUAUAAGUUGACGAGUGAACUAGUGACUAGGACUGAAGAGAGUACAAGAAGAGGCAGCCAAAGUCUGCUCUGCAACACAAGACAGACAAACAGAAGCAUCUUUACAACUUCAGCAUUCGGCUCAACAGGCUGCAACAGCACUCUCCUAACAGAAAAAAAAACUACAAGGAAACCAGCAGGAUUUGAAACAGCGAUCAGGUGGAACUCAGCUGACCCUCCUUUUGCAGCCCAAACCAGCCGGCUACGUUCCAUUACUUUCAGGACAAGGGAAAAAUGCUCUGGAGAUUGACUCUUGCCGUGGCCGUGGUGUGUGUCGGUGGCAUAUGCAGCUGUGUGAAGGCUGAUAUGAUGAGCAGACUGAUCAUGCCGAGGGACUACGGGGUGAAACUGUGCGGGAGAGAGUUCAUCAGAGCAGUAAUUUUCACCUGCGGCGGUUCCCGGUGGAAACGAUCCACAGAGGGGGACUUGGAUCCCUUCCAGUGGAGUUCCCUCAGUGACGUUACAGCAGAGGACAACCAGCGCACCUGGCAACCUGGUGCAGAGCUCACAGAUAACCAAUCUCCUCUCCAUAUUGCCCCCUCUUACUCCCUGGCAGACCUCCUGGCUCUUUACGGGGCCGUAGGAGACAUGCAGUCGCUGAGUGACCCGGCCCCGCUGGAGAAGUCUCAGCCGUCCACGGUUUUAGUCGAGCGAGACGGAAACCCAGCUGCAGCUGACUGGCCCAUACCGAGCAAGAAGAAGAGGAACUUUUCUCUGGGUGUGGCAGGGAAGUGCUGUAGCCAGGGCUGUACCAAAAACGAUAUCGGACGCUUGUGCUGAGGUAGGGAGGAGAGGAGGAGAAGGGGUGGGUGAUGGCAGAGGGGUUGUGACAUGAAGACGGUGUGAUGGGCGGUAAUGGACAGUAUACAGUUGUGGAGUGAUGUAAGAGCUAAAAUAUGGAGGAGAGCAAGUUCACAUCUGCUGUUUAUAGUUAGCCCACUCAUGUCUUAUUGCACAGAAUAUACAAAACAGUUAUAACCAACUGAAUUAGUCAUCACAUCACUCCAACUUCAUGUCUCUCUGUCUCCUUCAUUCUCCUUGCUUGUUUAUUUUGUUAAAAAAAAUAAGAUCAUGUUCUGUAUGUACUGUAUGUCACCCGUUCAGCAUCAAGAAUAAAUUUUAAAUACUGUGUUAAUAUGAAA